AUGAACUCUACCAAACGCAAGUUCAACGCCUUGCUCCAGGGGUUGAGCAGCCCGCGCCCUAGCACAGACGGAGAAUCUCCAGCAGCCAUGUUUGGAAACCGUGUACCCAGCGGCACCAUCAAGACGGUGGACUAUGAGGCGCUGCUUCAGAAGCGCCGUCGCCUGGGCUUUCCCGAAUCAACCGCCCCGCGUCUGGACAACACCGUUACAUCGGGGCUCACCAGUCUGGCCAGCUCCAUAAGGCGGACAGUCUCUGAUGCGACGACUCCGAAAGUUCGGAGAGAUGGGCCCGCGAGGUACUCUCCUGGUGAUAGGGAGGAACUGCUGAAGAGGCUGGCGACGUUUCAGGAAAUCACCGACUGGACUCCAAAGCCUGAUAAGAUCAACGAGGUGGAGUGGGCCAAGAGGGGAUGGAUAUGUCAGGGCAAGGAAAGGGUGCGAUGCUUGCUGUGUCACAAGGAACUGGUGGUUAAGCUGAAGAAGGAGGCCGGAGAAAGCGAGGGAGAUGCGCUGACAUCUGCUGAAGUUGAAGCCGCUUUGGUCGACAAAUAUGCAGAGUUGAUUGUCAGCGCGCAUCAGUCCGACUGCCUAUGGAAGAGAAGAGGAUGUGAUGAUUCCUUGCUCCGGCUGUCAUUCAUGAGCGUAAAGGCUGCCAUCGAAGCUCUGAAGAAGCGAUAUGAGGAGCUCUGUUCCCGGCAGACAUUUCUCCCAUAUGAAUUCAACCUCCACCUCCCGGAAGGCAUGAAUUUGGAUCAUGUGAUUGAACAGCUGCCACCCGAUUUUUUCACCAGUGACAAGGCUUCGACGGAUGCACCCAAUAGACCUGCGCUUGCUCUGGCCCUUUUGGGUUGGCAAGGCCUGACUAACACCCGCAUCGGCGCUGUUCCCAACACGGCGUCAUGCCACACCUGCCAGCGACGAUUGGGUCUAUGGAUGUUUAAGAGUAAAGAGGUGGACGAAAGCGGAAUGGUAAUUGUGCCUGCACCGAUGGACUAUCUUGAUCCCGAGCGAGAGCACCGCUUCUUCUGCCCCUGGAAGAAUCCCGCCGCCCAGAGCAGGGGGCACAGUAUACAAAGCAACGAUACGGAGGAUAUGCCUGCGUGGAAGAUAUUGUUACAGUCCAUCAAGAACGAAUCUGAUUUGAGAAAGGUAUACGAAGGCCGGCUCAAGCCAGUGUCCAAGCCAGCGUCCAAGCCAGCUGCGGCCGCAGAUCCAUCUACGCCUCUUAAAACGCCGUCCCGACCAGCUGCGCACCACACACCGAAUAUCUCUAUUGAUUCGACUGCUAUCAAUGAUGAGGAUGAUGAAGCCACACGGGACGCAAAGGACAAGGAGCGAUGGGCGAGGCUGCGCAAGGUCAAGAGCUUGUUCGACACGAAGAAGAAGAAGUCAAAGGCCAGUCGGCCAACCACUCCUCAUUCAAUCAGAUCC